UAAUGGAUUUAAGAUUAAUCAUCUUUCAUGCAUUCUGUAUCAAGAGCAUUGGGUUAGUCAUUUACACUAAUUGGAUUAAUUAUAUACUCCAUGUAAAAGUAGCAAAAGAUUGAUGGCUUACAUGGUCAAUAAGUAAAUUCAAAUUUAAUAUACAUCAAUCUGUUAGUAUAAAUUGUUUUAAAGGAAAAGGCCACCUGGUAUCGUAUCAGAAAAUGACUUUCUAAGAUAAUAAAUCUUCAUUGUUAUGUUGCUAGACCUUCCUUGAGUAAUAAUAUUUGUAUUGUCCAUUGACAUUGUUGUUGACUUAAGCUAUAUCAAGGAUGAUUUUGAAGGCAUAUGUUAGUGUUUCUUAAGCUUGAUAUAUGUAGCAAUACAUGCUAUUGAUGCCUACAUUUGAGGCUAAUUCCAAGUAUACUCUGCCACAGAUUCUGAUAGAAAUAAUACAGCUAAUAAAACAAAUUCUAACACUCCCCCUCAAGCUGGUGAAUAGGUAUUUUCCAUUCCCAGCUUGGAAACAAUCCUCUCAAAGUUAUUGCUGUUCAGCCCCUUCGUUAGAAUAUCUGCAAGGUUGUCUUGUGAGGAGACAUAUGAAGUGCAGAUCAGACCACUGUCUAAUUUUUCUUUGAUAAAAUGCCUGUCAACCUCAAUAUGUUUGGUUCUAUCAUGCUGCACUGGAUUGUGAGCUAUGCUAAUAGCAGAUUUGUUAUCACAAUAAAGUCUCAUUGGUGCAUCCGAUUUUAUUCUUAAGUCUUCCAAGAUGAUCUUCAGCCACAGUAGUUCACAUAUCCCUUGUGCCAUUGCCCUGAACUCUGCUUCAGCACUGGAUCUGGCUACCACACUUUGUUUUUUACUCUUCCAAGUCACAAGAUUCCCUCCAAGGAAAGUGCAAUAUCCCGUAGUUGACCUCCUAUCCACAAUUGACAACUGCAGUAUCUUGUUCUGCGUUUCCCAAUUUCAAGUUUGGAUCAAUUGGUGUACUUGCAGGCUUGCAUGUUGUCCUACCAGUCUCUUUCAACAAAUCAGUGAUGUAUUUCUGUUGAGAUAUGAAUAUUCCCUUUCUAGAAUGGGCCACUUCAAUUCCCAAAAAAUACUUCAAUUUUCCCAAGGUCUUAAUUUCAAAUUCCUUGGCUAGAUGUUGGCCUAACAGUUGUUUCUCCUCCUCAUCAUCACCUGUCACUAUAAUAUCAUCCACAUAAACCAGUAACACUGUUACUCCCCUUGACUUAGAGUGUUUAAUGAACAGAGUGUGGUCUCCUUGACUUUGUUUAAAGCCCAGACCUAUCAUAACUUUAGUAAACCUUCCAAACCACGCUCGUGGUGAUUGUUUCAGCCCAUAAAAUGCCUUUUUUAGCCUGCAAACAGUUUUGGCAGCUGUUUUUUCACCAUAUCCAGGGGGAAAUUCCAUGUAAAUCUCCUCUUCAAUUUCUCCAUCGAGGAAGGCAUUUUUAACAUCAAAUUGUUGCAAAUUCCAACCAUAAUUAGCUGCUAGGGAUAAUAUCACCCUAACUGUAUUCAUUUUUGCAACUGGAGCAAAUGUUUCCAUGUAAUCCACUCCAUAGAUUUGAGUGAAUCCCUUAGCUACUAACCUUGCUUUGUACCUCUCAAUGGAUCCAUCAGCCUUGUAUUUUAUAGUAUAUACCCACUUGCACCCUACUGGUUUUUUUCCAUUUGGGAGAGCAACCAAAUCCCAUGUACUAUUCUUUUCUAAUGCUUCCAUUUCCACAUCCCUGGCUUGUUUCCAUUUUUUAUCACUCAAUGCCUCAGAUAAAGAGGUAGGUGUGGUUGUAGUGUUUAGGCUUGUGAGGAAGGCUUUAUGGGUAGGUGAGAAGUUUUUAAAGGAUAGGUAAUUGGGUAGAGGGUGCAGUGGCUUGGUGGUACAUUUCCUAGUCUCUUUCCUAAAGGCAAUUGGAAUAUCUAGGUCCUCAUAAAGUGGUGCUGAACUGGAUUCGGGUUCCUGUACAGUUGGGAAAUUAGAGGUUGAUUCAGUGGAGAUUAAAGGAUCAGGGGUAGUUACCUCAUGUAAUGUUGGGUUGGAUUGUUGGACAUGGACAGAUUCUGGAAUGGCCUUUGUCUUCCUUGUAUAAACCAGCUUUUUCCCAAAUCUUACAUCAGCUUCAUCUUGAGUGGAUUUAGUGGGUUCCUUCUCAGUUGUUACACUUUCAGUCCCUACUUUUGGUCCUAAACUUAAGUCAGGGAGCAUAAGGAGAUCAUCUUCCUUUCUUGCAGUCUCCCCCUGAAGAUGAUCUUGGUGGAAGUAACUUUUGUGCUAAAAAAAAGUGACAUCUCUGGACACGAAGAAUUUUUGGGAUGGUGGAUGAUAGCAUUUAUAUCCCUUUUGUGUGGAUGAGUAUCCUAUGAAAACACAUUUUAAGGCUCUAGGAUCAAGUUUACCUCUAUUACCACUGUGGACAUGGACAAAAGAUACACACCCAAAUAUUCUUGGAACAAGUUGAUUGAAUGUGGACACAUUAGGAUAAAAGGAGGACAGAACCUCCAUAGGACUUUUUGAGGCUAGAAUACUAGAGGGUAGUCUAUUAAUUAGAUAACAUGCAGUGAGAACAGCCUCCCCCCAAAACCUUUUAGGAACCUCAUGUUGAAAAAGAAGAGCCCGAGUUUGGUCUAGCAAGUGUCCAUUUUUCCUCUCAGCAAUCCCAUUUUGCUGAGGUGUUUUGACACAGGAUGACUCAUGAAUGAUACCUUCCUUUUGACAAAAGGAAAUAAGCCCAUGAUUAAAGUAAUCUUUGGCAUUAUCGGAUCUAAUCCUCUUAAUGCUAACACCAAACUGAUUUUUUGCCAUGGAGAAAAAACGCUGAACCAUAGAGCUGACUUCGGAUUUUUUUUUUAGUAAGAAAACCCAUGUGACACGAGUACAAUCAUCUAUAAAGGUAAGUAACCAACGGGCACCAGAAACAUUUUGGAUAGUUGAGGGACCCCACACAUCAGUAUGAAUUAAAUAGAAGGGAAAAGUGCUCAUAUUAUUAUUAACUGGAAAAGGUACACGCUUGUGCUUAGCAAGCUCACACACUUCACAAUGGAGACUUUCCACAUCUAAUUUGCUAAAAAGGGAAGGGAAUAACGAUUUUAUGACUCUAAAGGAAGGAUGUCCAAGACGACAGUGAUGUAGGAAGACCUUCCUCCCUGUUGGUCUUUAUUGAAUCAGAGAAAAAGAGUUGCUAUUUUCCAAGUCUGGUGGCAGAUUCAGAUUGUCCAAGUAAUACAAGCCAUUCCAUUCUCUAGCAUGUCCAAUCGUCCUCCCCGAGUACUUGUUAUGUAGUAUACAAACAUUGCCAUAAAAAAAAGCAUUACAUGAUAGGUCUUUUAUGAGUUUUUUUUAUGGAAAUCAAACUGACAGACAGUUUAGGAAUAUGAAGAACAUUUUUAAGGGUUAUGGAUGGGCUUAUUUGAACUUCUCCUUGACCUGCUGCAGUCAUCAGAGAGCCAUCUGCUGUGGAUAUUUUCUUAUUGCUAGGGCAAGGGGUGUAAGAAGAGAAAUGUUUAGGUAGGGGUGCCAUGUGGUCGGUAGCCCCAGAAUCCAGUAUCCAAUAUGGGUUAUAGUUUUUAUUUGAGGCAUUAAGUCCGAAAGAAAAAAGAAACUCACCAAACGUACCUAAAUGUGCCAGAGAACAACUACUUGUUGAGGAAUGAUCUCAUCUUCUCUACUUCAUCCUGGUUAAGUUGAAUCACGCCUCCUCUAUUUUCUUCACUGGUUGCAGCACCUAUGUGUGCUUGUCCUCCUUUUCUGGUGUUGUCUCCUUUUUUCCCCAAUCUCUACUAGGUGGCUUUCCAUGCAGCUUCCAACAUUUAUCACGAGUGUGGCGAGGCCUGUUACAGAAGGUACACCACACUCCGUCACCUUUCUUCUCCAUAUUGGCUAUUCCCCCCUUUUUUUUGGUCUACCAUCAUUGCAUCUUUCAACUUACUUGUAAGGAAUUGGCAUUAUUUGAGAAAAUGUUCAUCCUUCUACAAGCUAUCUGACUUACCAUAGGAAUUGGCAUUAUUUGAGAAAAUUUGCACGAUGCAAUGCUAGAUAAAAUCCUCCAGGCUCCUAUGGUAUUCUUCCAAACUAAUCCAGUUGGCCGCAUAAUUAAUAGGUUUGCAAAAGAUACGGGAGAUAUAGAUACCAAUGUUUUUAAUUUGGUGAACAUGUUUUUGGGGCAAGUCUGGCAACUACUUUCGAUAUUUGUUCUUAUAGGCACAGUGAGCACUAUUUCCUUGUGGGCUAUUAUGCCACUUCUGAUCUUCUUUUAUGCAGCUUAUCUAUAUUACCAGAGCACAGCUCGAGAGGUAAAGCGCAUGGAUUCCAUUACAAGAUCUCCUGUUUAUGCACAUUUUGGUGAAUCACUGAAUGGUUUGUCAAGCAUUUGUGCUUAUAAAGCAUAUGACAGAAUGGCACACAUUAAUGGAAAAUUCAUGGAUAACAACAUCAGAUUUACUCUUGUGAAUAUUAGUUCAAAUCUUUGGCUCACCAUAAGGCUAGAAACAUUAGGAGGCCUCAUGAUUUGGUUGAUAGCAACAUCUGCUGUCUUGCAGAAUGCAAGAGCUGCAAACCAGGCAAUGUUUGCAUCUACAAUGGGUUUACUUCUCAGUUAUACUUUGAACAUAACAAAUCUCUUGAGUGGUGUACUCAGACAAGCAAGUAGAGCUGAAAACAGUUUAAAUUCUGUUGAGCGUGUCGACACAUACAUAAAUUUAGAAACUGAGGCUCCUGGUGUAAUUGAGACAAACCGUCCACCACCAGGAUGGCCAACAUCAGGAUCAAUUGAGUUUGAGGAUGUUGUUCUGAGAUACCGGCCGGAACUUCCUCCAGUGCUGCAUGGAUUGUCCUUUACAGUACCUCCAACUGAGAAGAUAGGGGUAGUUGGAAGAACUGGGGCAGGAAAAUCUAGCAUGCUUAAUGCAUUAUUCCGGAUUGUGGAACUUCAGAAAGGAAAAAUCAUUAUUGAUGGUUGUGAUAUUUCUACAUUCGGACUAGAAGAUGUUCGAAAAGUUCUUACUAUCAUACCACAAUCUCCAGUUCUUUUCUCUGGAACUGUUCGUUUCAAUCUUGAUCCAUUUAAUGAACACAAUGAUGCUGACCUAUGGCAAGCUUUAGAGAGGGCACAUUUGAAGGAUGUAAUAAGAAGAAAUCCAUUUGGUCUAGAUGCUCAGGUUUCAGAGGGAGGAGACAAUUUCAGUGUUGGACAGAGGCAACUGCUAAGUCUAGCUAGAGCAUUGCUACGAAGAUCAAAGGUUCUUGUCCUGGAUGAAGCUACUGCUGCUGUAGAAGUUAGAACUGAUGCCCUUAUACAGAAAACUAUCAGACAAGAAUUUCAGUCCUGCACAAUGCUCAUCAUUGCACACAGACUAAAUACAAUCAUUGACUGCAAUCGGAUUCUGCUGCUCAAUGCUGGCCGAGUCCUUGAAUAUAGUUCUCCAGAGGAACUCUUACAAAAUGAAGGAACAGCUUUCUACAAGAUGGUUCAAAGUACUGGACCUGAAAAUGCUCAGUAUUUAUGUAGCCUAGUAUUUGGAAAGACAGAGAAUAACUCAAAUGAAUAUAACAAGGAGUUGGAAAACCAUGUGAGACAAUUAGCUUCUUCUCGCUGGACUGCUGCUACUCAGUUUGCUAUAGUUGCUACCCUUUCUUCAUUAAGCCAUCACCUUCAAAAGCCAAGUAGUGAAGACAAUAAAGAUAUCCUUGAUAAAACAAAGGAUGCAAUUAUAACACUUCAAGAAGUUCUAGUGGGGAAGCAUGAUGAAGACAUAGAAGAGACACUGUAUAAAUACCAUAUUCCUACAGAUAGAUGGUGGUCUACCCUCUGUAAAGUUAUUGAAGGUCUUGCUCUCUUGAAGGGGUUGCCUCUAGACAACAUUCAACAUCUAGAACUUGAUUUUGAAGGGAGAUCUUUUGACUAACAUACAUCUUGAGGUGUAGAGAGGAGUUUGCAAUUGCAAUUAAAUCUCAGAGGGAUCACAAUAUAACAAGAUUCUUUAGAAUUUUUUCCCUCUUUGUUACGCCAUUUUCAUUUGUGUAUGUUUUAACACUUUCUCUCAUGCUAAUAGGGUUACCACAUACACUUUCUCUUAUGCUAAUAGGGUUACCAAGUACUCUGUAUUCAAUAUAAAUUAUUUUAGCUUCCA